AUGGUUGUUCUUGCUGCUUCGAUAUGUACGCGAGGCGGCAAGCCCUUGCUCUCUCGCUCAUUCAGGGAGAUUCCCAAAUCUCGCAUCGAAGCCCUCCUCGCCUCGUUCCCCAAGCUCGCCGACUCCUCCACCCAACACACAACGGUCGAGCAGGAGAAUGUGCGAUUUGUCUACCAGCCUCUUGACGAAUUGUACCUUGUCCUCAUCACAAACAAACAGUCCAAUAUCCUCCAAGACAUUGACAGUCUGCACCUAUUCGGCCAGGUCGUCACAUCCAUCUGCAAGAAACCCGAGGAGCGAGAAAUCCUGCGCAAUGCAUUUGAACUUCUCUCCGCCUUCGACGAGCUCGUUACAAUGGGCUACAGGGAAAACCUCUCCCUGAGCCAAAUCAAGACCUUCCUCGAGAUGGAGUCCCACGAAGAGAGAAUUCAAGAAAUCAUCGCCCGCAAUAAAGAGCUGGAAGCGUCAGAGGAGCGGAAGCGCAAGGCCAAACAACUCGAACUUCAGCGGAAAGAGGCUGCGCGCUCUGCUGCGUACGGACGCGGCAUCGCUCCCAAAAUGCCUCAGCAACCUGUCUACACGCCCCCGACCCGGCCAGAAACCACGUACGACACCUACGAAGCCGAGAAGAACAAGAUCUCCAACAAAUUCACUGCACGCUCCACAAAGGGUAUGCAACUGGGCAAGAAAUCCAAGACUUCAAAUGCCUUUGCGCAAGUUCAGCAGGAGAUAGGCACAGAAGAGGUGGCCGCAGCCGAACCUUCGGCGGAACUGCCUGUCCGGGGGCUACCUACCGCGAGCACACACGACACAACACUGUCCUCUCCUACUACGCCUAUUAUGAUCUCCAUCACGGAGACGCUAUCGGCCAAACUUUCGCGGGAAGGCGCCCUGAAGUCUUUUGAGGUCAAAGGGGAUUUGCAAUUGAAGAUUACCGAUUCAGCGCUGACCAAACUCGCCCUCUCCGUCCAAGCUGUCGAAGGGCCUCUGAGAGCCCAAUUCCGCACACACCCCAACGUGGACAAGAAUCUCUUCACCAGCCAAAAAGUCAUCCAGUUGAAAGACACUUCCAAGCGGUUCCCUCCUAACAACAGCAUCGGUGUUUUAAGGUGGCGCGCGACCGCCCCCGCCGACCACAGCACCGACAUUCUUCCUUUAACGUUGACAGCGUGGGUGAACAAGUCCUCGUCCGACGGCACCUAUACUAUCACAAUAGAGUACGAGCUCACCAAUCCUGACUCAACAACACUCCGUGAUGUCACCCUCACCAUCCCCUACUCUUCAUCAGAACCCAGUGUCUCGUCUUUCGAUGCGGUAUAUCAAGUCACAGGCGACUCAUUAGAAUGGACCAUUGGCGUCAUCGACGCAGAGAAUAGCUCGGGCAGUUUCGAGUUCGAGGCCCAGGCUGAUGAUGAUGCAGAGUUCUUCCCCAUGGCUGUGUCUUUCGAGAUGAGCAGGACGUUUGUGGACGUGGAUGUGACGGGGGUGAGGCUGUUAGAGGGAGGGUUGGAUGAGGAGGUGAGCUUUGAAAAGGUGAUUAAGGCACGGAGUGAGGGAUUUGCCAUUGAAUGA